AGUGGAACGGCAUGAACAAGCAGUAGUUGAGGGCGGGGACUUGAGCCCGAGGCAUAGCCAUUGUCCACGUUUUAGCCUCCAACUUCAUUAGUCAACACCAACCAUUUGACGAAUGCUUUCUUUUUAAACACCACAGCCAACACCAACCCUGGAACUCCCUUUGCCCUCUCCCUAACCAAAAAGAAGAAAAAAAAAUGAAGGUUCAAGUCACAGAAACCGCUCUAAUCCGCCCUUCCACUGCACCUUUCCCCGAUGACCACACCCUCGCUCUCUCGCACCUAGACAAUGACCACAGCCUCAACGUCACCUUCCGUUACCUGCGUGCUUACGUCAAUAGAACCACCACUGAUCGCAACCCUUUCCAGGUCAUCUCCUCAGCCAUCGCCACUGCGCUCCACCACUACUACCCUCUGGCGGGCUCUCUCCGCCGUGCCAGCGAUGGUCGGUAUGAGCUUUUAUGUCAGGUGGACCAAAGCGUACCACUAGUCAAUGCCAGCGCGGACUGCACAUUAGAGUCAGUAAAUUACCUUGAUGACCCCGAUAUGAAUUCAGUUGAACAGUUAGUUCCGGAUCCGAGCCCGGAAGAAACGCUGCUCAACCCCUGUACUUUACAAGUGACGGUGUUCAAAUGUGGUGGGUUCACUCUAGGGGCAGCUAUUCAUAAUGCUUUGUGUGACGGGCUUGGUGCAACCCAGUUUUUUUGUAUGGCGGCUGAUUUGGCACGUGGAGUGGACCAGAUAAAAUUUCAGCCUGUCUGGGACAGAGCUGCUCUUUUGGGUCCAAGAAACCCGCCAAGAGCUGAAGGUCCAGUUCGGGAGUUUUUGGGCUUGGAGAAGGGGUUCAUUCCGUACAAACAGGACGUUGGACUUGUUGUGAGGGAGUGUUUUUACGUGGAGGAUGAAUGCUUGGACCAACUCAAGUCCUUGCUCUUUGAACAGUGUGGUCUGGGUUUAACCACGUUUGAAAUCUUGGGUGCAUAUAUUUGGCGGGCCAAGGUGAAAGCCUCAAAGAUUCCAGGUGAUGAGAUAGUGAAGUAUUCAUAUUUAAUGAACAUCCGCAAAAUAGUAAAGCCACCACUGCCCCCUGGCUACUGGGGCAAUGGCUGCGUUGCAAUGUACGCAAAGGUCAGCGCCAAGGAUCUGAUAGAGCAGCCUCUUUGGAAAACGGCAGAGCUGAUUAAGAAGAGCAAAAGCAAUGCCAGUGAUGAAUACGUGCGUUCUUUCAUUGACUUACAAGAGCUGCACUAUGAAGAAGGCAUCACAGCUGGAAAAGGAGUCAGUGGAUUCACAGAUUGGAGACACUUGGGCCACUCGGCAGUAGAUUUUGGUUGGGGAGGUCCUGUAACUGUGCUGCCGCUUUCAACCAAUUUCCUCGGGAGUAUGGAGCCUUGCUUUUUCCUGCCUUAUUCUUCAUCGAGUACGGGCCGGAAUAAAGGGUUUAAAGUCCUGGUGAGCUUGCGUGAGACUGCCAUGCCUGCCUUCAAGGAAGAGAUGGCGAAAUUUAGUAGGAAAGAAUUUGAAAUUUGAGCUGUGUCCUGAUAGCUGCAAUGUCGUCUCGUUGCUUGCUGGAUUCUGAAUGUAAUUUAUAUCUGACGCUUGGCAGAAUUGACACCAGAGCUUUGUCUUGCUUCUUUUUGUGGUCAACUUGGCUAAUAAAUCCAUUUUUCUUUUGCC